CAGUUUUAUGAUGGCGAUGGGAUAUCUGAAAUCAGUCCGCGUCACCUGUAGAGUUGUGUUGAGCAUCCGUACUUCAUCUACUCUCAGUAGUGUGCUCUUGCGUAGAGAAGAAACUUGUGACAUCGUUUGAAAUGUCACCGGACAAUUCGCUUUACAGCUUAGACCUUAGAUUAUACUAACGCAGGAUUUAACCAAGGGGAAAACUUCGGUUGCCAUGUCUCUCCUCUGCGUGAGAGUUAAGAAAGCCAAACUCCAAGGAACUUCAGACAAAUUCAACGCCUAUGUGACGCUGAAGGUGCAAAAUGUGAAGAGCACGACCAUCACCGUGCGGGGAGACCAACCAUGCUGGGAGCAGGACUUCAUGUUUGAGAUCAGUCGGCUGGACCUGGGCCUCAUUGUGGAGGUGUGGAACAAAGGUUUGAUCUGGGAUACCAUGUUGGGAACAGCCUGGAUCCCACUUAAAAGCAUACGCCAUUCAGAGGAGGAGGGCCCUGGCGAGUGGACAGUCUUGGACUCUGAAGUUCUGAUGAAGGCAGAUGAGAUAUAUGGGACUAAACAUCCAACGCCACAUCGCGUUCUGCUGGAUACUCGCUUUGAGCUGCCCUUCGAAAUCCCAGAGGACGAGGCGCGAUACUGGACCGGCAAACUGGAGCGCAUCAAUGCUAUGGGCAUGCAUGAUGAGGAUGAUGUAGCGGGACGCCCAUUACCCUGUGCUGCCUCUCAGUGCUCUUUAGAUGACCUGGACAGUGCAGUAGAUGAUAGGGACAGUGACUACAGGAGUGAGACCAGCUGUAGUUUGCCUCCCCGCUACCACACCACAGCCCAGCCCAACUCCUCACUGCACCAGUAUCCCAUGGGACCGCGCUUCCAGCAGCACAUGCAAUUGUGUGCUGACUCUUUACAUAGUUUUGAAUUUGACUAUAGGGACCACCAUGCAAGCAGCCCUGUGGACUCCAGUCGCUUUGGAUCCUCUGGGAACCUCAGCCAGACUAGUUCUCAGCUCAGUGAGGCUGGUCAGGAGAGUGCUGCCUGUUCAGAGUUGGAAGAGUCCUACCAUUCCUACCACAGUACAGGCUAUCGACCAUCCAGAAAUGGACAUCAUUCUGCCAAUGGACAUACUUCCUGGGUAGAAGAUGACGGACUGAAAUCGUCACAAGAAAAUGGAAAAGCUCUAGGCAGUGGCAUGAAAAAAGAAGUGGUCACUCAAUUGGACAAAACAGCUGAUAAUUCUCUCAAAAGCUUCCAGGAUGAUGGAUCACCUUUGCCAUUCUCUCCAUCUAGAGUGCGCUGGCUGAAGGCAAUCAACAAAGUGAGAAUUCAGCUUAAGGAGGGCAAAGAAAAUGGAGAUAACUCCAGACAUGCUUGGACUAAAGCUGGAAACGGUAGUGGAAUAUUUGGAAUUGACAGUAUGCCAGAUCUACGGAAGAAGAAAGCCAUUCCCCUGGUUAGCGAUGUGUCUCUGGUUCAGGCCAGGAAGGCAGGUAUUGCAUCUGCGAUGGCCUCACGCUCCUCCAUAAAAGAUGAAGAACUGAAGAAUCAUGUGUAUAAGAAAACACUACAAGCUUUAAUCUACCCCAUCUCCUGUACCACACCUCACAACUUUGAUGUAUGGACGGCCACCACACCUACCUACUGCUACGAGUGUGAGGGGCUUCUGUGGGGUAUCGCGCGGCAGGGCAUGCGCUGCACAGAAUGUGGCGUCAAGUGUCAUGAGAAGUGCCAAGAGCUGCUCAAUGCAGACUGCUUGCAGCGUGCGGCUGAGAAAAGCUCCAAGCAUGGAGCUGAGGAUCGCACUCAGAACAUCAUCAUGGCCAUGAAGGAUCGCAUGAAGAUCCGGGAGAGGAACAAACCUGAAAUCUUUGAAGUCAUCCGAGAUGUGUUUGUCGUCAGUAAGGCCAUUCACGCCCAGCAGAUGAAGACCAUAAAGCAAAGCGUACUGGAUGGAACCUCCAAGUGGUCUGCCAAGAUCACCAUCACAGUUGUUUGCGCUCAGGGCCUGCAGGCGAAAGAUAAGACGGGUUCCAGUGACCCCUACGUGACUGUCCAAGUGGGUAAAACCAAGAAGAGGACCAAGACAAUCUAUGGCAACCUCAACCCUGUCUGGGAGGAGAAAUUUCAUUUUGAAUGCCACAACUCCUCUGAUCGCAUUAAAGUACGUGUUUGGGAUGAAGAUGACGACAUAAAGUCACGAGUGAAGCAGCGUCUGAAGAGAGAAUCUGAUGACUUCCUGGGUCAAAGUAUCAUUGAAGUACGCACGCUGAGUGGAGAAAUGGACGUCUGGUACAACUUGGAGAAAAGGACGGACAAGUCUGCUGUCUCUGGUGCCAUUCGCCUUCAGAUCAAUGUAGAAAUUAAGGGUGAAGAGAAAGUGGCUCCUUACCAUGUCCAGUACACCUGUCUACAUGAGAACCUUUUUCACCACAUCACAGAUGUACUUGGUCAGGGUGCUGUGAAGAUCCCAGAUGCCCGUGGCGAUGAUGCAUGGAAGGUCUAUUUUGACGAUGUGGCGGAAGAGAUUGUGGACGAGUUUGCAAUGCGCUAUGGGAUUGAAUCCAUCUACCAGGCCAUGACGCACUUUGCAUGUCUCUCGUCUAAGUAUAUGUGUCCCGGGGUCCCUGCUGUGAUGAGCACCCUGCUUGCCAACAUCAACGCUUACUACGCCCACACCACCGCAUCUACCAAUGUCUCUGCUAGUGAUAGAUUUUCUGCUUCCAACUUUGGGAAAGAACGGUUUGUCAAGCUGUUGGAUCAGCUGCACAAUUCCCUGCGCAUUGACCUCUCAAUGUAUCGAAACAACUUCCCUGCUAGUAAUAAGGAGCGUCUACAGGACCUCAAAUCUACUGUGGACCUUCUGACCAGCAUCACCUUCUUCAGAAUGAAGGUUCAGGAACUGCAAAGUCCCCCGAGAGCCAGUCAGGUUGUGCGAGACUGUGUGAAGGCCUGCCUCAACUCCACAUACGACUACAUCUUCAACAACUGUCAAGAGCUGUACAGUCACCAAUACCUUCAAACUAGAGACGUGAAUAAAGAAGAGUGCACCCCAGAAGAUCAGGGCCCGAGCAUUAAGAAUUUGGACUUCUGGCCCAAACUCAUCACCCUCAUAGUAUCCAUCAUAGAGGAGGACCGUAACUCUUACACUCCCGUGCUAAACCAAUUUCCUCAGGAACUAAACGUUGGGAAGUUGAGCGCUGAAGUCACGUGGAAUCAGUUCUCUCAGGAUAUGAAAUAUGCCAUGGAAGAACAUGAGAAACACAGACUGUGUAAGAGCGCAGACUACAUGAAUCUGCACUUUAAGGUCAAAUGGCUCUAUAAUGAAUAUGUGAAGGAUCUGCCAGCCUUCAAGGGAGUUGUGCCAGAAUACCCCACGUGGUUCCAGCAGUUCGUCUUGCAGUGGCUGGAUGAGAAUGAAGACGUGUCUAUGGAGUUCAUGCAUGGAGCCUUGGAGAGAGAUAAAAAAGAUGGAUUCCAGCAGACAUCAGAGCAUGCUCUCUUCUCCUGUUCGGUGGUGGACGUGUUCACCCAACUUAACCAGAGCUUUGAGAUCAUCAAAAAACUGGAGUGUCCCGACCCCAAAGUCAUGGGCCUCUACAGCCGCCGCUUCGCCAAGACCAUAGAUAAAGUUCUCCUACAAUACAGUGCCAUUUUGAAGAAGAGCUUCCCAGCCUAUUGUGAUAAAGAGAAGAUCCCAUGCGUCUUGAUGAAUAAUGUCCAGCAGUUGCGUGUCCAGCUUGAGAAGAUGUUUGAAUCAAUGGGUGCUAAACAGUUGGACACAGAGGCCAGUGAUAUCCUGAAUGAUCUGCAGGUCAAGCUGAACAAUGUGCUGGAUGAGCUGAGCAGCACAUUUGGAAACACUUUCCAGACUCGUAUUGAUGACUGUAUGCGUCAGAUGGCCAGUCUGCUGUACCAGAUCAAGGGCGCUGUGAACGCCAACAGCCGCAACCAGGUGGAGGCCGAUUCUGACAACAUGCUGCGGCCACUGAUGGACUUCCUGGAUGCAAAUCUGAUGCUGUUUGCAUCGGUGUGUGAGAAGACCGUGCUGAAGAGAGUGCUGAAGGAGCUCUGGAGGAUCGUAAUGAACAGUCUUGAGAAGACCAUCAUCCUUCCUCAGGGCAACGACACCUUCGGGAUGAUCUUUUCAGCAGCUAAAGAACUUGGUCAGCUCUCCAAGCUCAAGGAUCACAUGUCUGGUGAUGCCAAAAGCCUGACGCCCAAGCAGUGUUCAGUCAUGGAUGUGGCUCUUGACACCAUAAAGCAAUACUUCCACGCUGGUGGCAAUGGUUUGAAAAAGGCCUUCCUGGAGAAGAGUCCAGAACUCUCGUCACUGCGACAUGCGCUGUCGCUCUACACACAGACCACAGACACACUCAUCAAGACUUUUGUUACAACUCAGCACGCUCAAGUGCAUAAUGGAAAGGGUAUGAGGAUAACACCUAGUGAGAAAAUACAGCCCUCCAGGGGAUCUGGAGUUGAUAAUCCAGUAGGGGAAGUAUCAAUACAGAUCGACCUCUUCACUCACCCAGGCACCGGAGAACACAAGGUUACAGUCAAAGUCGUGGCAGCUAAUGAUCUGAAGUGGCAGACGUCUAGAAUGUUCAGACCAUUUGUGGAGGUCACCAUGAUUGGCCCUCAUCUCAGUGACAAAAAACGCAAAUAUACCACCAAAUCAAAGAACAACAGCUGGGCACCCAAAUUCAAUGAGACCUUCCAUUUUAUUCUUGGAAAUGAGGAUGGUCCGGAGUGUUAUGAGCUACAGGUAUGUGUGAAAGACUACUGCUUCGGCCGUGCAGAUCGAGUGGUCGGCAUCGCUGUUAUACAGUUGUGCGAUGUUGCACCUAGAGCCAGCUGCGCCUGCUGGUGUCCGCUCGGCCCACGGGUACACAUUGACGACACAGGCCUCACUGUCAUGCGCAUCCUCUCCCAGCGCUCAGGUGACGAGGUUGCCAAAGAGUUUGUCAAACUCAAAUCCGAGACCCGAUCAGCCGAGGAGGGGAGAUGAGGAUGCCCCCUGAUGGCAGAUGAUGGAUGACCUGGGACUCAUAUAGAUGCGUGAAAAUGGACAUAAACAGGCAUUAAACGGCUGGAUGGAAGCACUGCCACCCUUUUUUGUUCACAAUAACUUGGCUACUAAUGCCCACCACUGUCCCGCACAGAAGGGUUGAUGGUAGCACAAGAGGGUCCACCCUGCCUAUGACCAAUGUUUACAAUAGUUACAUUUAAGGUUUGACCUCCAGUAGGUGGCAAUGUGAAUGUGUUAGGACUAUAGUUCGAUUGCAUCUGUUGUAAAUGACAGAGAUUCCACUUAUGUUUGUGCACAUUUGUCUCUGUACCCCCUUUUCACCAAGUGUUCGUUGCCUUAUUGUGUUGAUGCUGUGAACGUGUCAAGUUGAAGACAAAUGUCACUAUAAUGACUGUGGCUCCUGUGUUUUUAACGUCUGAGUGGCCAAAUAUCAUUCACUUGGUGUUGUGAAGUGUUUUGUUGCAUGAAUGAAGAGCCAGUAACUCUGUAAUUUAUAGAUUUUUCUAACCACAGUCUGGAUAGGACAAUAGAGAGCAACCGUGUGCAUGUCACAAGACAUUUCCAAGCUAGAUCACAUGGGUGGGUCCAUCAACCAAAACUGCGCCAGUUUAAAUAGCAGAUGGCAAAAAUAACCUCGAUUUCACUAAUACACCUGCCUCAUCGCCAAAGGUUGAAUUCUUUCCACUGAAAAUACAUCGCACACUCUCUUGCAGCAUUAUCGGACAGUAUUGAAACUAGAAUUCCCAUUUUUCAUCUACGUAACAUUGUUUAAAUGUGUGAAUGCUUUAUUGAGCUGUUGUGUAAUAUUUUUGAUACUUCAUAAUCAAAUUGUACUCACUGGAAGGGCUGUUGAAUCGUUCAGUAGUAAAGUCUGUGGGUUGGGAAAAAUGCCAUUAACGGACAUUUAAAAGAUAAUGUCUAAUAUAAUGUUCAAGUUCUAAUAAGAUCACUGAUCAAUUAAAGCUAAUCAUGACUAAAUGUCUUUCAUUUAAAAGCGGCCUUAUUUUAAUUGUUCAGAUUUUUAUUUAAGUGAUUUUAAACUUUUGUUUUCCUUUUAAGUAAAGACGUGAUUGAUUUAUUCUGUGAAGUCUUGUUAUUUUGUUUGUUCAUUUUGUUUUUAAAAGGGGUUCUGAUGACCGUCCCUCUUUAACUGAUUUAUUUUCUUCUAUUUUUUUAUUUGAAGAAUUUCGUACUUUGUUUUUCUGCAUCUUUGCUUGUCAUAAACUACAAAGACGAAGUGGGAAAAUAAGACCGUAACAAUAAAAAUGUAAUUUUUCUCAGAAAACACUGCCAAUGUUUAAAAUGUAUGUUGAUAUUGCCAAUCAUUAUUGUGAUUGUAGAAACUGUUAUUUAUUCUGCACAUUUCUCACUUAUAAUUCUGUCACUUUAUAUACUGUUGAGUACUGUUACCAUUGUCCUAUAGUCCAGCAGUGUUUGGACUGUAUUUAAUGAGGGAACUAUCCCUCUUUGUAAUAUACUUGUUCCUUGUGCCAACUUGUUGAAGUCACUUUGUUUUUUAUAUAUAUAUAUAUAUAUAUAUAUAUUCAAGCCAACACCUGAACCAAUGCUUAUAAAGAUCUGGCAUGUGCAAGACUAAAUGAGUUUAAAUAAGUUUUAGUGGUGAUAUAGAAUAAUGUGUUAUUAAAAUAUUUGUGUGCACACUCUAACA